UGCCGCCCCGCCCACCCCAACGGCUCCCAGUCCCAGCGCGCCACACCAGAGCACCAGAGCGCGGCACCGGCAUGGGCAUGGCGUCGCCCACCACCUCCCGCCACCUCCUGCUCCUCCUCCUGUGGAUCUGCGCGGCCGCGAGCACGGCCUGGGCGCACGGAGGCGGCGGGGACGCCGACGCCGACGCCGACGCGGGCGCGGGAGACGGGGACGCGAAGCCGGACCUGCGGGCGCGGGGGCUGGUGGCGACGAAGCUGUGGUGCCUGGCGCUGGUGUUCGCGGGCACGCUGGCGGGGGGCGUGUCGCCCUACUUCAUGCGGUGGAACGAGGCGUUCCUGGCGCUGGGCACGCAGUUCGCCGGCGGGGUCUUCCUCGGCACCGCCAUGAUGCACUUCCUCAGCGACGCCAACGAGACCUUCGCCGACCUCGUCCCCUCCAGCGCCUACCCCUUCGCCUUCAUGCUCGCCUGCGCCGGCUACGUGCUCACCAUGCUCGCCGAGUGCGCCAUCUCCUCCGUCGUCGCCCGCGGCCGCACCGCGCCCGCCGCCGCCCCGGCAAGCGCAGGGGCGUUGGAGGAGGGCAAGCUGAGCAGCACAAAUGGCAACGGCUCGGAACAACAAGCAGCUGAGCAGGAGCAGGACGCGCACUCGACGGCGUCGAUGCUGCGCAACGCGAGCACCCUCGGCGACAGCAUACUGCUCAUCGCCGCGCUCUGCUUCCACUCCGUCUUCGAGGGCAUCGCCAUCGGAGUUGCCGAGACGAAGGCGGACGCGUGGAAGGCGCUGUGGACGAUCAGCCUGCACAAGGUGUUCGCGGCGGUGGCCAUGGGCAUCGCGCUGCUGCGGAUGCUGCCCAACCGGCCGCUGCUCUCCUGCUUCGCAUACGCCUUCGCGUUCGCCGUCUCCAGCCCCAUCGGCGUCGGCAUCGGCAUCGUCAUCGACGCCACCGCGCAGGGCGCCGUGGCCGACUGGAUCUUCGCCGUCUCCAUGGGCCUCGCCACCGGCAUCUUCGUCUACGUCUCCGUCAACCACCUCCUCGCCAAGGGGUACAAGCCCCAGAGCCCCGUCGCCGCCGACACGCCCCUCGGCCGCUGGCUCGCCGUCGUGCUCGGGGUCGGCGUCAUCGCCGUCGUCAUGAUAUGGGACACCUGAUCGUGUGGGUUGGAUGCACGAGGGGCUUGGCUUGUUUAAUUAGUUUUGGACAUUGGUUCAUACAGUACUUCAUAGUGGAAGGAUGCUAGUAGCUUUGAUGUAGGCUGUUGCCUCAUAGUACAUGUGAUGUGAUAAGAGAGCUGUUUACAUAAUACUCCAGGUGAAAACACGCAACAAAAUGGGUGAAAUCCUCGUUUAUUUA